GUCUGACGUAUAAUUUGACAGUUUGUUACAUCAACCUGAUGCGUUGCGAUUGCGAAUUUAUCAGAACUAUCCACAAGUUUAAAUUGUAAUUAUGAGGGAGUGAUUCACCUCAAUUAGUGAAACAGUGGUAUCAGUUUAUUUAGAAGGAAUAUGGAGAAAUCUAACAUGCUCAUACGUUGUGGACUGCUGUUGUUGUGUUUGAACUGUGUGAGGACAACUGAGUAUUUUGGUAGUGAUGGGUUAGCUGGAGGUCGUGUUGCGGAGUUCAAUAGAAGAUUUUCACUGUGGCCAUCAGUUCACAAUGCCGCAAGGUUACUGAGGGUGAGGCGAGAAGCUGAGGCCAGUUCUGUGCUCCAGAGCGAGGGCGGUAACCUCGAGGUUCCUAAGGAUGAUAAGUCACCGAAGCCAGGAGAUUCACAGCCCGCUCCAGCGGCUGAUGUCAAGAGCAAUGACGGCACUAAUAAGGUUAAGGAUGAACCAGUCACGACACCACCAGUAAAUGGCACGGCAACUGUCAACAGUACAGUAGUACCGCAAGUAGCAGCCAACGCUACUAGUGCCAACGCAACAGUAGCAGAGAAACCGGUGAAGCAGAUUGAUCUGAACAAUCCCGGAGUACUGAAGAGGGGCUUCAUCGUCUUUGGAGGCUUCACGCUGCUGGCUGUCGCUUAUUUCAUAUUUUACAGGAAAAAGAGCAAGAAGAACGACACCGGUAAUACACAUAGUACAAUUGAUGCCAACCAAUUUCGCUACGGAGUCCUCCAAUCAGAAGACAGAAGGGACAACUUGGAACUGUCCCGAGUCCCCCUCACUAUGGAAUCUGAUGAUGACGAGGACGAAGAUUUGGAGAUCUUUGACCUUGAACAGAAAAAGAAGUCGCUGUCUUACGUCAACCUUCAGACUAAUGAUGAAGAUGUAGUUUUCUCCCCAAAGGAUAGCACUGAUAAUGAUAGAGACAAUUUACUUUUAGACAUCGAAGAUGGCACCUCCGAUACACUUAUCAAUUGGAGCUCUAACGGCAGUAAGUCGAUAUUAUAAUUCCUGGCUAGUAUUUACUAGAGUAAAAUGCGUCUCGCAUUAAUCCGCCAUAAAAGUUGGAAGUUGCAAUUUAAGUUUGGUUAUGAUUGGUAAUGUAAGCCAUAAAACUACUGUUAGGUUGUUGAAUAUGGAAAAUCAUAGUUUCUUAGUAAUUUAGUAUUAUUUUAGUUUGAUAUUGCUUAUACUAUUAUGUAAGAGAUAUCAUAUUUUUUGAUAACCUAACGGUGGCAUUAUGCUGUAAUUUUUAUUAAAGUUUUAUGUUCGGUAUUACUAAAAUGUACUUAUUUUAGUGAGCCUUUGUGUAUUCAAAAAUGAAUGUAGACCAGUGAAAAAAUUACACCACAUUAUUUCUCACAAAGAACAAAUUAGGAUGUUCACGUUGCUGUUAUGAGAAAUUUACGCCAAACGACUGCACCACUAGUUUUAAUGUAGGAGACGAAUAUUUCACAAGGCCUUUUAAACACGCAAUGUAUGUAGCAUUUUAUUUUGUCCGUUAGUACUUAUGUAGAUCGACCUUCACGACUGCUAACACUAUGUUAUCUGUAACACGAGUUUUGAGCAAAUAUUGAGACAACAAUCUCAGAGUUCAAACGAAUGUUACACUGCAUUUAUUGAAUCAGUUCAAAAGAAAGAAAAAAGGGACUUAUUUCUAUCGGAUCAAGGUGGUAAAUAGCUUGCUAAAAAUUAGAGAUAGAUUACUGCCAGUAACCUUGAAUGGUUCGAUGACCAAGAACCGAGAGUGUCGAAAUAAUUCGAUAUUUUAACUUCUGAUGUAAAACAUGUCGCCAUUAUUACCCAGUUGCAUUUCCUUCUAAUCGAUUCCAAUUAGUUGACCCUUUCAAAACAAUUGUUAUUGAGUAGUUUCUUAGCAAAUCUGGUAUCAAUCUCUGUCUUCCUUCUUGUAAGGUUUUAAGUAGAUGCAUACGAAAGUUCGUUGAGUAUUUUUAAUGUAGGUGUAUGCUUGAAAGAGUAUUUGUCGUUUUAUGGGAUGUAUCUGCUUUAGUGCGUGGUUCCAUGGUAUUGAAGUAACAUAAAGUUUCCAUGUUGAAAUAUGGUAAAAGCAUAUUUAUCGGAGACGAACACGCUGAGAAAAUUGUUUUUAUUCAUUUUGCCAACGAGGGCAAGUUUGAGAGGUUUCAUAAAUAAGACUUCAUGUAAAAAACCCUAUAUGUAGUUUUGGUCGGCGCGUUUGGCUCGGUUGAAUGUGCUUUCUCCAUUAACAUCAUACGUUACUUUUGAAUGGUCUUCAGAUUAAAAAAAACUUCGGUAUAAUCCGACGAUCCGAUUUUGUACGAACUAUUACCAUGGGUUUCAGCACCAUUUAAAAUUAUUGUAAAAAUUAAGGCCUUAUGUAAGAGUUCAGUUUGCUUUUAAUUUUCGCGAUAUAUUCCAACUAUAUUUUUAUUUAAAUGAAAACUUAAUAGUUAAGGGCUUUAUAUCUCAUAUAAGUAUACAUGUAUAAAUAUUAUAAUAUUAUUAAUAGUUUUAUGCAUACAUUACGUUGAAAACGUUUUCAAAUCUCAUGUCAUAAUUUUUGUUAUAUUUUUAUACCUAUGUUUUGUAGUCUAUUAUUUAUCACAUUUCUCAUUGAAAUUUAAAUUAUUAGAGUAAGAAUGUUUUGUUUUGUUUAUCUUACAACUAUUUACAUCAUAUUACAUACAAAAAUAAAAAUUGUUCUGAAGAAAGUGCCAUUAAAAAAUAUUUUUUCUACUAACGAAUUAAAAUUAUAGUUACGUACUUAUAUUCUGUAAAGGUAUUCUUACGAUUUCUUUUGAUUUUUGGUUUGAAAUUCGAAGUAGCUAGAAUGUUAAUAAGUUAUAAAAUUAUGCAAAAAUUGUAAUUUAGUCGAUUCAUGCUUUUGCCUUGUGUAACAUGUAAAAAUCUACUAAUCAUUUCAAUUUCAUCUAUGUUGCUGGAUCAACAUCGACUGCAAGCAAGCAAUACCUCCUAUCUGACAUUUUUGUUUCAAAAAACUUGUAUCUACCAAAAAGGUUUAAGGUAGCUUAAGAUUCAAAAUAAAAACAAAAAACUUUAUUAAUCAAUACUAUGCGUAAAUAAAGAAAACUUGGAUUUUCAGUAUCUCAUUAUACCUACCUCGGAAUAAGGAUUUUAUUAAGUUUUAUUGUUCCCCUUUAAAAUCCACCCGGAGUCAGAUAGGAGGUAUUGCUUGCUUGCAGUCGACAUAUUAUUAUACGUGAAAAGUACAGUCAUUGUAACCUGUGUACUUAUUUUUUAUUUGGAUUUUAUGUGUUUUCCAUAGAUACACGUCGUUUUAGUGGAAUAGUUAUAAAUUGAGGAAUUUGUCGUAAAUGCAGUACAUUUUAAAUAUGUAUUCUUGUAGUUACUGUUAAUUCUUUCAUUAACAUAUCAAUAGAUUUAAUCGGUUCAUGUGCAUUGCCGUAAAAGUGUUUAUCUUAUUGCAUUUUUUUUAACAAAAGUAUAUGAAUAACCUAAGUAUAAAGGCAAUGAUGAUUUAGUAAGAUUUUAAGGUAUUUUGUUAAUUAUAAAUAUUUAUUUAUCCAUUUAUUAUCAUGCAUUUAUCUGUUAUUCAUUACCUAACAUUAUGUUUUCCUUUGAAAUUUUUUUUUUUUCAUUUUUCAAAAAAUCUUUUUUGAUUUGGAUGUUAUAUUACCAAAUAUCGCAUUGAGUAUUAUUAAUUAUAAAAAAAAAAUAUUAGCGAACUGCUCAAAUUGCACAUUAUGGUUCACAAAAUUCAUUAGUUCGCUUUCAAGACAUUUUUUUAAACGUAUUUAACAAAAUCCACUUUUUAAAUAUGUAGUUCUUUAUGCGAAAAUAAAUCAUACAUUAAAAUUACUAUUUAUUUGGAAGCAGAGUAAUUUGAGGCACUACAAUAUUUUUUCAUACCUAUUUAAAAUUUUAUUUUCUUGGGCUUUUGGAAAAUAAGUUAUUUAUUUAUUUAUCACACUGUUGAAGCUAUGAACUGUGAUAAUAGAAGAGAGAGUAGAAUAUAUAAUAUGAUAUAUUUUCAGAGGAUAAAUAGUACUGUAUGCUAUAUACGUAUGUAUAGUUUGCCAUCGCUCUCUGUCACUUUUCUUGUACUUAUGGAUGGCUUGUUAAUUUUGAUCUUUAUAGAUUAAUAGAAUGGAGAGGAAAAAAGGCCUGCAACGUUGGAACAUGAAGAGAGAAGUAAAAUAGACAAUACGUGAAUAGGGUGGGCCCACUGUUACUCACUAAUAUUAUUUAUCGAUAAAUGAACUAAACUUUUUACUGUCACUGUCAUAUUUGAAUGUGACAUAAACAUGAAAUAAAUAAAAAUAUAUUUAUCGAUAUCAUAUUUAGUGAGCAUUGGUAGGCAUAAAAGGGACUAAGCUCGAGAUAAAUAGAAUUUACUUGUGUUUGUCUUACUUUUGUACUGGAAAAAUUGCAAAGACAAAGCUUCACAGCUUAGCCAAGGCAAAUUAUAUUUAUCUACUGCAAUUUCAAUUUUAAGAGAGAGCACCAUCUAUGUGUAGGACUUAAGAGAUUCUCUCAAGUGUAGGCCUAUUUUGGAAUAUUUGUGAAAUUGCUAAUUUUGCGAAGUCGGAGUAAGUCAGUAAUGUAGCUAGUGUAGAAAUUAAUUGUAAUGUUAAGGUUGUUUCUAAUUUAAUAAAGAUAUAUAAUAUUUUA